AUGGGAGAGGCAACCACAUUUAGAAGCGCAGUUUCCGAUCUUCGAGUCACUUCAGUCAGCUGCGGCAGCUCGCAUUCUUUGGCUCUGCUGAGCAACGGGAUUGCUUUGUCUUGGGGCCGAGGAGAGGAUGGUCAGCUGGGCCAUGGCGAUGCAGAGGAGAGGAAGAAGCCGCGAGCAAUAUUUCAUCUCAUGCAAGCCAGCUGCUCAGCGGUCUGCAGUGGAGCAGAGUACUCUGUGGCCCUCUCACAGCCCAGAAAUGAAGUCUACAGCUGGGGCUGGGGAGACUUUGGCCGUCUGGGGCACGGCGACUGCAACGAUGUCUUCAUCCCUCAGCCCAUCAGGGCCCUGGCGGGCCGCAACAUUGUGAAGGUGGCCUGCGGCGACACGCACACACUGGCAGUGACGGACACAGGCGAACUGUUCUCCUUUGGCCGCAACCAGAAUGGGCAGCUUGGCCUGGGCACCACCAGCGAUGCAAUCCUCCCACAGCCUGUGGAGUCCCUGCGGGGGCAAGAGGUCACCUCGAUAGCCUGUGGCGGCGAGCACUCGCUGGCAGCCACAAGCGCCGGUGAUGUCUUCGCAUGGGGUUGGGGCCGAUACGGCAACCUGGGAGUCGGGCCGCCCGAGGACCGCCACCUGCCCUCCCAGGUGCAUGGCCUUGAGGGGGUCAAGGUGACCUCAGUGGCGUGCGGGUGGCGGCACAGCAUUGCAGCGGACGAGACAGGCGCAGUGUACACAUUCGGCUGGUCAAAGUAUGGGCAGCUGGGGCAUGGCGAUUGCAUCGAUCAACUGGUGCCGAAGGCUGUGGAGUCGCUGAAGGACAGCAGGAUUGUCCUCAUUGCUGGUGGCUGGCGGCACACAUCCGCAGCGGAUGACAGCGGCAAACUAUAUUCCUGGGGCUGGAACAAGUUCGGGCAGCUUGGGAUCGGCUCCAACACGGACAGCAAUGCGCCGGUGCCGGUGCAAGGCUUAAACACAUCGCCGGUGAAGCUGCUGUCAUGCGGAUGGCGCCACACUUUCGCGGUCACCGAGGCCGGAGAUGUCUUCAGCUGGGGCCGCGGCGUCAACGGGCAGCUGGGCCACAAUGAGCCCAAGGACACGAACGCCCCGGUACGGCUGGCGGAGCUGAGCAUGGGCAGCAUCAAAUUGGAGGAUCUUGGCGUCAGCGCAUCACCCCUGACCACCUACGUGCCCCCGGCUGACCGCUAUGCAGUUGUCCCGGAUCACUCCGAUGCGGCGCCGGAAAACAGCCACGGCAUCGGCACAGUCCCUGAAAUGCCUGCCGCCAAAAAGGCCCGGUCUUGAGCGCGUGCGCGCGCGCGGGCACGGAAUUCUAGAGAAUGUCGUUCUUCAUCGCUGUUCAAUCUGGACUGCUUGAGCUGUAGCAGCUGAUGCAGCGUGAGAGCGUGGAUUGUGUGAUCACCUUAUCGGGAUGUCUGAAUGUCCAGAUUGCUUUGGAGCUUGUUCUUCUAAGUCUUGCCAGAGCAGCAGAUGGGAAGGUUCUGGUGUCUGAUCUGCAUGGGAGAAUUGAGCAGGUCAUGCAUGCCCUAGUCCUCAAGAGUGUGCCCCAUGCAAAGGGGCAGAUUGUUUCCACAAGUAUGUGAGAGGUUCAACAUACAAGCGUAGGCCCUGCGUACUCCGUAGUAGUGUCCAGGCGUUUUUGAGAGUUCAGUAUAAUGCGCACGGCCAGGAAUACCGGCGGCUUUCAUGUAUUGCAGCAUGUAUCACUCAGCUUCUGCCAUCCAAACUUCAAGGACUUGGUACUCGGUAUGCAGAGCUGGAGAAGCAAAGGAGCAUCAAGAAAGAGGGGUGAGGCCAUGAAUUUUAUUUUCUUUGGUAGGGUCUCCUGCAAUUAUAGAAAGGCACACCUCCCCAAUGAGAGUGAUUGUUGCGAGAGGAGGCUACAUUUGGUGAUGCAGCCUGAGUGAAUUCGGGAGUUGGGUUGGUAAUUCUUCCGAAGGCAGUAUUGUAAAAGCCGGGUUUUGCCUGUGGCAUGCCCGCGAAUAUUGCUAUGGCAUAGAACUAUUGCAUUGCAUGCAGGUCCUGGCCUUGGAUGAGAGCUGCAGACCAGCUUCUCUGAUGUGCUGUACUAGAAAAAUUCUGCAUUGUUGCAGGAGAAAAUCUGGCGAAGGCAGUGGAAGAUUUGAUAGUUCAAGUCAAGGGGAUUGUGCGAUUGCAGCAAAUAGUCAAACAUGACCGUGCAAAGGCAAGAUGGAGAGAUCUGAAGUGAUUGACUUGCUUGAUGUCCGAUGCUGUGAUUGUAUUGUCUUUCGAAUAUAUCUCUACAAACGGGACAACAGAAGGAAGUGUGCGCCUGUCCUGAACUCCAAACAUUAGGAAUUCACCCUUCUAAUUC